AUUUUAUUUAAUCUGAAAACCCUACCAACAUACUACCCUUUUAAAGAUGCCCUAGGCCUCUAACAUUGAAGUUUUUUUUUCAACUUGUUAUGAUAUACUAAAACCUUAUUUACUUCUUUAUGCUGGCCAAAAAAAAACGCGAGAUAGUUAUAAAAACUCUAUAUAUACCAUGUUCCCACAAACCCCAAAAUCACAACCCAGUAAAGCUAAGAAGUCAACCAAAAAAAUGGAAGUCAUUAGCAAUUUUAGGUUUCUGAUACUCUUAGCCGCCUUUGUAGGAGCUCUUCUUCACUCAAAGGCCCAAGACAGCCCACAAGAUUAUGUAAGGGUUCACAACGAGGCGCGGGCAGGGGUAGGCGUUGGCCCCAUGCAGUGGAACGAGAGCAUUGCAGCCGUUGCUCAGAGCUACGCAGACCAACGAAGAAGCGACUGCAAUCUCAUACAUUCCACUGGACCUUACGGGGAGAACUUGGCCAAGAGUAGUGGCGACUUAUCUGGCGUCAGAGCCGUGAACCUGUGGGUUGAGGAGAAGGCUAACUACGACUACCCUUCGAACACGUGCAACGGAGAGUGCGGUCACUACACUCAGAUUGUUUGGAGAAGCUCAGUGAAACUCGGAUGUGGCAAAGCUAAGUGUAACAGUGGUGGAACUUUCGUCGUUUGCAACUAUGAUCCUCCUGGGAAUUAUGUGAACCAGAAGCCCUACUAAUGAAUAAUUAUCUACAAAAACACGUGCAUUCAGGACAUAUACAUAUAUAUAUAUUUCAAUAAAGAGCGUUAUAUGCUGGAUGUGUAUCAAUAUACUAUUUACUAAUACAAAUAAGAGCUGAGAUUACUAGUAUACUACUAUCAUUUUAAAACCCCUAGUCAAAAUAUUAUCUUAGACAUCUGUCUCCUUCUUUACAGAUCGUGCUGGAACAGAUUGUACAACUUUUGUUCCGAAGGGUUCUUCUUCUGCUACUGGGACGCGUAACAAGAAGCGUUCUUCUUAUUCCAGUGCGAAUCAACUAUCUGUUAGCUUCUUAACCCCAUCUAGACGUUUAUUUUGCAAAUUUUGUGAACUCCAUUCUCGCGGUUUGGGCUAACUUCAUUCCCCCGCUUGGAUAGUUAACUAACGAGUCAUAUUUUAAUUUAAUGUCUGGUUAGAAAAAUAUACAAUACAUUUACUAUAUAUCUUAUAUUUGUAUCGCAACAUUUUGUUGAACAAGCACCUUCGCACCGUAUCUAAAGUAUUCGAUCAGUUACAUGCAAUUCUCUAAAGGAUAUAGUUAUCGAGACACCAAAGGAUCUAAGAGCAUCCGCAAUGGUGGACUCCUUCUUGGAGUCCUUAUCAUUAUUAUAUUAAUUUUUUUUUGUUUUUUUUUGUUUGAAUAGUUAAGGACUCUAGUCAAAAUAAUCUGUCCAAUGGUGAUCCCCAAUUAGGAGUUCUUAGAAAUAAAAAAUAAUAAUUUUUUUUUAAAUUGAAAUUGAAAUUUUAUUAAUUGCAUGAUUAAAAAUAAAUAUACCAGAAAAUAGAAGUUUAAAAAUGUAUAAGUUUAAAAACUAUAAGUUUUUCAAUUUCAAUUUUUAAAAAAAAAUAUAAAUUAUAAGCUAAAAAUUUUCUAUUAGUUUUUCUUAUCUUAUGUAUAAGUUUAUCUUCUUAAAACUAUAGGUUUCAUUUAAUAUAAGUGUGAUAGAGUUUAAAAAUGUCUAUGUUUGAUACAAGUUUAAAAAUGUUUACAAGUCAAAUGUUUACAAGUCAUAGCCACCACGUAGACAAGGAUUUGAUCCUUAAAUUCCUUAUGUAAGGAUCAAUCCUUGUAUUAUGUUACUCAAAUAAUAGUUUUUUAAUUUGAUAAACAUUGGAUGUGGAGCUAAGGAUCCUUAGCGGACUCCCAUUGCAGAUGGUCUAAUCCAAACAUAAGACAGCAAAGGAUCUAAUAGACAUGAAUUAUUAUAGGAGUAAAAAACGUUUUGAAGGUGAAAACUGAGACUAGGGACUGGGAGCUACUUUGAUGAUAGCGUAUCUAUCCCACUCCAUAAUUUACUGCAAAAUACAGUGGAAAAUAAAGUAAUGAAAAAACAAAAAAGUGAUUACUCCAUAAAUAGAGUGAUUUUUUAUUUUUUGUUCAUACUCUAUUUUCCACUUCAUUUUUAGAGUAAAUUAUGUAGUGGGGAUGAAGAUGUCUUUAUAUAUGAUUGUGUGCUAUGUAGACAAGACUUUAGCAUAAUUUAGGCGAAUGUAGAGUAGUUAUAGGAUUGGCAAACAGAUUAGAAAAUAAAGAAUUUAAAUCAGGAUUAGAAUUUAAGAUAUUAAGAAAACAUGUUAUGCUUUCCAUUUGGAAUGGAGAUUAUGACUAGCAAAUGAAUUAAGGGUUGGUAAAUAAAUUAGAUUAGGAUUACUCAGAUUAUAAAGGAUGAGCAGCUAGCCCACACUACCCAGUGAGCCAUAUAAAUUCUUUUGAAAUGCACUAAGUAAUCAUCUCAGAAUAUGUGGCAUAUUUACCAUCAUAAGCAGCUUGCGCAUUUGCA